UACAGCACCCAUGGCCUGCAUGUCCUCCUCACUACUCCAGGCUGAGCAGCGAUGUUACAAAUAAAAAAGCGCAUUAGAUACAGCUCUCCUUGUAUUGCCGCUGCGAAGCUGUUUUCCUCCGGUCCCGUCAAAAACCCGGUCGUGUUUCUGGAUAUCGAGGCUGACAGCGAACCGCUUGGAAGAAUUAUCAUUGAGUUGAAUGCAGAUGCAGUGCCAAAGACUGCAGAGAACUUCAAAGCACUGUGCACCGGGGAGCAUGGCUUUGGAUUCAAGGGCUCCAUGUUUCACAGGGUCAUACCGGAGUUCAUGUGUCAGGGGGGAGAUUUCACCAACCACAACGGAACAGGAGGGAAGUCUAUCUUUGGGAAAACCUUCAAAGAUGAAAACUUCAAAUUAAAACACACUGGUCCAGGAACACUUUCAAUGGCAAACUCAGGGCCAAACACAAACGGCUCUCAGUUCUUUAUCUGCACGGCUAAAACUGAAUGGCUGGACGGUAAACACGUGGUGUUCGGGCAGGUGAAGGAAGGUAUGGAUGUCGUCAUUAAGAUGGAGUCUUUUGGUUUGCACGACGGGGGUGUGAUCAAGAAAAUUGUCAUCACUGACUGCGGGGAGAUCAAAUAACACCGAAGGUGGCACAUGGACUUCAGUCUGAUGACUCACUAUGUCAUCAUUUAGUAUUUAAUUAAUCCCAUAUUCAUGAUUGUUUCAUGGAUGAACUGCCAUAAAUUACCUUAAAUCAGAUUUUUUACUGUUGGUUAUAGUUUAAAUUGUUCUAAUAAGAGUAACAAUGGUACGAACGGGAGUUACUCUAAUGCAUUUUAAUCUUAAAUACAUGUAUUACUGAGAGUUUCGCUUAACCCAUGUAAAUUGUGUACACAACCAAAGCUUCUACAGUGUAACAUUUUCUUAUUGUGUAAUUAUUCUACAUUUACUGCCUAUUAAAAGAGCGUUUUCAGAUUUUA